UAGUAAAAAUAGAAAAUCAACUGAGUAUGUUAGUGAAUGGAACAACAAUAGCAACUGCUAAUGCGAUAGCAAAUAAAGCAUUGCAAGUGAGUUGUGAGAGCUGACGUGAAUGUAACUUGUCUGAAAGUCUUGUCUAAAAUUCUCAAAAAGUCUUUGCUUAAACAAUCGCAAUUUCUAUUAAUUUUUGUAGAGUCAAAGACAAGAAAAAUCUUUAUUUAUGGUACGAAAAAAGAAUCGAAGAUGUGAUGGCUACAAGCACGAUGGCAGUGUAAUUAAAUGUUAAGCAAUAAAUGUAAAUGAAAUUGAAAAAAAAAAAAAAAACAAAAAAAAAAAUAAAAUAAAAUAUUUCCAUCGAUCGUUAAUAAAAAAAAAAAAAAAAAAAAAAAAAAAAAAAAAGGCAAAGAGAAGAUCAACAUGAUUGCGCUCAGUAAUAGUUACAAAAUUUUAAUAAUAUUUUCUUUGUUAAUUUUUCUAAGUCAAGAAAUUCAAAUGACUUCAAAAAGCCUGAAGGCUAGUGGUGAAAAUAAUCAGUCAGAGCCUGUGUUACCAGAUGUUAUUGUGGCUUCGAUAUUUAGUCCUAGAGCACGUUGCGGAUAUAGACAUAACGGUGUCCCGUUAAAGUGUGCAAAAGACAAAUAAUAAUAUCCAAAAAAAAUUUAUUUUCUAAGAAUUUCAAAAUUUCGAUUUAAUUGAAAAGCAUGGCCAACAGUGAAGCGGGCAUUUGAUUUAUAUCCAGAAACACAUGAAAUGCAUACAAUAACAGAUUGCAUGCAUGUUGCCACCGAGCCAGGCGACUAUGUUUUCAAAAAAUCCCUAUCAUCGGCGCAACGUUUCUCUUUCGAUAAACUAAAUGAAAAUGAGUUCAAUGAAGAAGGACUUGAACUAAAGGAACUUGAAGAUGCCAUUAAUGUUUGCGGUCUCUAUAUAAUUGGCGAACCGAAUACUUUAGUCGAGAUAACAAUGAAGCACUAUGACGUCAAUUGCAAUAGUGGCGGUUUAAUGGCGUUUGUAGACGGUUGGGAAUUGAACGGUGAAUAUUUUCCUGCUAUCAAUGAUCAUCAUCGUACGUUAGAGGAUAGAUUGGUAGAAUUUUGUAACAAUUACAAACGAUGGCCACACGUAAUGAAUAAGAAAUUUUUUCGAUCAAGUCAAAAUGCUGCUUUGCUGCAAUACCGCUUGCCUACGAAAGGAAGUUUUAUAGCAAAUGUUCGCUUUCACAAAAUUACACAACCCUGCAACAUCUUGGUCCACGAUAUCUCUGCUUUAUACAAUCUCGCCAACUAUGGAUUUAAAAGGAAUUGUUCUAUCUCUGCUCUAUUUCCUGCGGUCGUUCAACUAACCAAUAUCAAGGUGGGCGGUAAAUCAAUGCGUAAAGGCAAAGUCAGUUAUGAGUGUAUGCAAAAUGACGAUUAUUUAGAAAUUGGAGGUUCUCCGGGCUUAGAUUCAACGCAUAUGGAGAAAUCAAGCGAUAUAUGCGGUUACGCAGAAACUCCAGGACCCGAACAGGCCAUUUUCUGCGGUGUUACUACAGCUCGUUUAGUUUCUAGCGGCCGCUAUCAAAAUCACGUUUCAAUUAUGAUACGUAAAGCAGAUGCGGAAGAUCUCGAUUUAGCCACUUUGGUGUGCGCGUUUUAAAAUUAGUUUAAGAAAAUAUUGAUGAUGAUGAUGAUGAUGAUGAUGAUGAAAUUGUGUAAAUAUUUCGUAAAUUUCAAAAGUAUUGAAAGAAAAGCUUUACAAAACACACAGUAUUCAAAUGUAAUAGUUUCCCGUGUCAUUUA